CGACCAGCUCUCGACCUGCAACUGUCCCGAACUUCACAAUGUCCUCUCUCGUGGUGUUCCCGUCUACAACAAAUGCAUUCACCUCUUACAGGCCAAGUGUAAGAGCGCACGUCGACUUUAUCAAGCCCGGAAGCGGUAGUCAGCACUCCACGGGUCGCAUCGUAAAGCUCGAGUUACCUUCUUUGGUCCAGCCACAGGCCACGGAUCAACUUGAGCCAUUAUUCAAAUCAAUCGACGCAAUAUUGGCAGGCCAACCAACGCCAUUAAGUUACCAACACAUCACUGCAUUCUGUCAGACUGUGGUCCUUCAAGAUCGAGACGCUGCCUCUCAACUUUCCGACAAGUGCACCAGCUCAAUUGAUCGGUAUACUGAAAUCAUUCGCAGGGAAUUAAAAGGAGGCAUUUUGGCCAAAGACAGGAAUACAUUGGGGAAAUUAUGUGAAAGUUGGCAAGUUUGGACUGCGAGAACGACUCUUCUCAGCUCAUUACUGGUUCACCUUGACAAAGUCUACCAUAGUUCUUUUUCGGAACCUAACAUCUUGCGAUCCAGAGCGAUUGCCAAAUUUAAGUCCAUCGUCUGGCAAGACUCUGUAAUACACGCGGUAAUUAUCGAUGACAUUUUCAGAUGGCUCUCAGAAGAAAGGCAAACUGGAAUUCCCUCGAGCGCCCGACCCACGAUUCUGGCCGUAGACAAGAUUGCGCAAACUCUCCAGACAUUCGGCGAACUCGCGAUUGCUUACCAAGAUGAGACUCACGAUUAUUACACGUCCGCUUUGAGAAAUGCGGUCUCUGAAAUUGAGCAGGGUAAACGGAAGGCCGGAGAAUACGCCCCCUGGUUCCUUGCCAAGAUGGUCGAAGAGGAAAAUCGGGUACGCGAGUGUUUCCAUACGUUUACACUCCAACUAUUGGCGCGCGACUUGAGAAAAGUGGGUCAAUCCGAAACAACCGACAAAGUGAUAGAGUUGGCUGUUGAACAAGCUAUGAGCAACGACGAAGCAAAGGGGUUCUCAGAAUUGUACCAUUUUUCCAUUGAAACUGAUAAAUUCGCUUCUCUCGUCAAAUCUCUUGAAAACUACCUUGCCAAGAGAGUUUCAACACUCAUUUCCGACCCAGUCAAUGAUCCACGUAUGAUAGACGAAACCCUCAAACUCAAACGUUUCGCCGAAAAAACUGUAUCCAACCUCUUUUCCGAGGAAGACACCGAACCUCUUCCAGCGGAUGAAGAUGUAAAGAUGAUUUCGGUUGAGGAGAAAGAGGAGAGAGAAAAAGAGAAGGAAGCUGCAAAGGAAAAGAGGCAAAGUGUGAGAAUGAGAAUGUUUGAACUCGAAGAAGCCGUCAGGUCGGGCUUCAAGACAGGAAUGGGUAGUCGACAAAACGCCCCUGCCGAAUGGAUUGCCAAGCAUCUCGAUGCCGCCAUGCGUAAAGGCCAAGGAUCCGGCACUGAAGAACAGUUUAAUAAUCACUUGGAUGAGAUUGUCACACUGAUCGGGUUUACCAAAGACAAAGAUGUGUUCAAGGCAUUUUACUCGAGUCAAUUGGCCAAGAGGCUGUUGUUGAAUAAAAGUGCGAGUAAUGAUCAGGAAAAGACCAUGGUGGCAAAACUUCAAAAGGAGCUGGGAGAAGAAUUCACGUCGGGAGAUGUGAUGAUGAAGGACCUUCAACUUUCAGAAACGCUCGUACGAUCAUACCAACUGGCACAGUCCAGAGGUCCAGCACAGUAUGGCGAGACAUCCAACUUUACCGCCAACGUACUCACUGAGUCUGCAUGGCCUGCCUAUCCCCUCCUCAAAGACGGCUGGAAUUUCCACCUUACUCCAUCCCUUCAAUCCUCAAUCGACGAUUUCACCUCCUGGUACACCACUCAACACAAGAACCGUGUCCUCUCCUGGCGAUUCCAACUUGCAACUGUUACUCUUACCGCCCGAUUCCCAAGUGGACGGUACGAAGUCGGGGUCAGCCUAUUCCAGGCGGUCGUGCUCCUUUUGUAUAAUGAGAUUGAAAGCUUGACAUUUGCGGAAAUUAAGGAGAGGACUGGUAUCGAGAAUAAUGAAUUGGUCAGAACACUUCAAUCGUUAGCGCUAGGUAGGAAAGGUACCCGAGUUCUUCUUAAGAAGCCCUCCGGCAAGGAGGUCAAUCCUACAGAUAUCUUUGCUUGGAACAAGGGCUUCACGAGCGAACGCAUCAAAUUCAAAAUCAACCAGAUCCAACAGGAUAUGUCUGCGGAAGAAUCCCGCAAGACAAACGAACAAGUCGCUCUCGACCGAGUGUCCAUCCUCGAAGCUACCAUUGUCCGAAUCAUGAAAUCCCGCAAGAAGCUUACCCUCCAGCUGUUGAUUGAUGGGGUCGUUAGCGACGUCUCAAAAAGGUUCCCGCCGGAUGUGAAGGAGAUUAAGAAGAGGGUGGAGAGCCUGAUUGAACGAGAAUUCAUGGCCCGAGACGAGGAAGAUCGAUCUAUUCUCCACUAUGUUGCUUAAGAUCCGAUCAUGUGUACUGCUGUUCCCCUUCAGAUUGUACCGCCAAAUUUACCGCAUGUAUCAUACUAUCUCCCAAUUGACCAAGCUGGAUAUGCAUCAGGUGGUUGUAGUAGUAUCAUGUGUAUCUC